AGUGUCAUUGUCAUAAUGUUUUUUUUGUGCAUCGUUUUGUGCGAAGCGGUUUAGUGCAUUAAGAAUACGAUUUAAAGUUUUACAGAUUCAUGUUAUAGUAGUACAUCAUGAAUACUUCACAUACACCUAUAAAACGUAAUUUUAAUAGUGAAACGGAUCAAAUAGAUAGUGAAUAUGUUACACCAAAAAAAUGUUUAAAAACAAAAGAUACGACAAAACAGAAAAAUAAACGAAUGCAGAAGUAUAAAAGUCAGUGGGAAAUCGAACAUGGUGAUUGGUUAAUUAAUGAUCCACAAAACGAAUAUAAUGGAAAAUGCAAAUUGUGUGGAAUUACAUUUACAAUUGCUUCAGCAGGUAUAGGACAAGUUAAACAACACCUGCAAACAAAACAACACAAAUCAAAAUAUGAAACUAGGAGAACAUCUGGACUACUUGAGAAAUUCCUUGACUCUUCUUCUGCUUCCACAUCGUCUAGAUGCAGUGAUAAAGAAAAUGUUGUUGCAUCUGAGUUAGCCCUGACAUAUCACACAGUAAAACAUAAUUUGUCUUACAAUAGCAUGGAUUGUACUAUAAAAUUGAAUAAAAUUAUUUAUGCCAAUUCACCUACAGCUAAUGCAAUUCAUCUAGCUAGAACAAAAAUGGAAGCACUAGUUACGGAAGUGUUGGGCCCAUAUUCUUUACAAAAUGUAAUAGAUGCUGUUAAUACAGAUAAUUUGUUUUACUGUUUACAAACAGAUGCUUCUAACAAGAAAAAUAUAAAACUCUUUCCAUUAGUGAUACAAUAUUUUACAGCCAAAAAUGGCAUUGAAAACAAAUUAAUAGAUUUUUAUGAAAAUAGUAAUGAAUCUGCUGAUGGUAUGUUUGAAGCAAUUCAAAAGUCAUUAGAGCAAUACAAAUUAUCUUUUCGUAAUGUAUCUGGGUUAAGUGCAGAUAAUACAAAUGCAAAUUUUGGUGUUAAUCAUUCUUUAUUCACCAAUAUGAAUAAUUUGGUACCAGGUUUGAUUAAAGGAAAUUGUCACGCACAUAUAGUGCAUAAUUGCGUCAGACAUGCCAUGAGCUUUUUAUCACAUGACAUAGAAAAUGUUAUUUUAAAAAUUUAUGCUCAUUUUUCACAUUCUGCUGUAAGAAGAGAGGAGCUAAAAAAAUUUGUAGCAUCAGUAGAUGGAGACUUUCACGAAAUCAAACGCCAUGUGGGAACAAGAUGGCUCUCUCUUUUGCCAUGUAUUGAUACUUUAUUAUUAAAUUGGUCACCUAUAAGAAGCUACUUUUUAGGUUUAGACUACUGUCCAAUGGUUUUACAAAAUUUAUUGAUGCUCAAUGAAACUGAGAAUGAUGUGAUUGAAAUUUAUUUGCAUUUUUGUAGUCACUUAUUAAAUUUAUUUAAUAAGGCUGUUAAAUGUCUAGAAGGCAACAGCAUAACAAUUUUAGACAUUUAUGGGAUUAUGGAUAAUCUUAGAAACGGAUUAACACAAAGAAAACAAGAUCUUUUCUUUGGCUAUGAAACAGGCAAAAAAAUUAAACUGACUUCACCGGAACUGACUAGAAAAAUUCACACGAAUUUUUUAUUAUUGUGUUGACAAAGCCUUAGAGUAUCUGAAUAAAUGGUUUGAUUUCAAUAACACAAACUGGUUAUUUACACUUGGAUAUAUAAAUUUAAAGAGCAAAAUUGAAUUUAAUAAUAUUGUUAACAUAAUUGAAAAUUUAAAUCUUCAAAAACUUAAUGUAGAUAUGGAUGAUCUAUAUGGAGAAAUUGCUUUACUAAACCAAGUUUAUAAUCAGAUAAGUACUUCUAAGAGUUUUGCAGAACUAUCUACUGCACAAAAAUGGCAGCAAGUAUUUAAGAGUGAUGAUAAUUUUUUAAACUUGUAUAAAGUAAUUUCAUUUUUAUUGUCUAUUCCCGCCACGUCAGCAUUCACAGAAAGAGUUUUUUCUGUGAUGAACAGCAAAUGGCGAGACGAAAGAAACAAAGCGUCUCUAAAUUUGAUAAAAAAUGAAUUACUUAUUUACUUUAAUUUAAAUUUAGAUUGUAAAAAUGCUGUGCAAUUUUUUAGUGAAGAUAGUAAUUUGAUACAAACUGCAAAAAGCAAUAAAAAAUAUGUUUUUAAAUAUAAUAAUAAAGAAAAAUAAAUUGUACUUUAUUUU